AGCGUCUUCUACCGAGUACGUAAACACAUGAUGUUCUGCGUGGAGAUUUCGAAGUUUUCAACGUAUUUUUGACUGGGAAAAAAACAACAUUAAUGCCUGUUCUUCCGGAGAAAUGGGUUAUAGGUUUGCACGAUAAGCGCGGGCGUAAUAUAACACUUACUAGUGACAAACGUAGGGCUGCCAGAGAGGGUGAUACAUAUGACCAUGGAAUGGUAUUUAGUGAUAGGCCUUUGCACAUUGGGGAGAUUUUUCAGCUCAAAAUCGAAGAAUUGGAAUCAAAAUGGGCAGGAUCUCUGAGAUUUGGAAUAACAACGUGCAAUCCUAACUGUCCCUCCACAAAUAUAGUACGAGCAGCAACAGAUUUGUUUACUGCUGAUCAUCAGGAUUACUGGAUGUUGUCUGGAACUCGUAUCCACAAUGGGGAGAUAGAAAAAGAAUAUAAUUUCAGUAUUCACUCGCUAAAAGUUAACGACGUUUUAGGAGUUCAAGUGACUGGCAAUGGGAACUUGAAUUAUUAUGUAAAUGGACUCAAUCAAGGAGCUGCAAUGACUCAAAUACCUUUAAAAAAGGAUAUUUAUGCUGUAUUUGAUGUUUAUGGAAGGACAAAACAGGUGUCUGUAAAGUACUUUGGAGUGGCAACAUUAGAAGAACUUUGCAAGACUGAAGUAUUGAAAUGGGUGAAGGAUAAAGAGAAGCUUUUAAAAUUACCUAUUCCAAAGAUUCUUAUAGACUUUUUACAAGAAUAGUGUUGUAGUUAUGUUCAAUAAUAGUGCAUAUAGUAAAUUGUAUAAACUGUUGACUAGAAAAGCAAACCUUGGACAGUCUCAUACUUCAUAGUUAAGUAGCUGUUUGCCAGCUGCUCAAGAUGUGAAUUUUUAUUGUCAUUUUUUUUUUUCAAAGAAAAAUCGCUGCGCUAUAUUGCUAUUAGUAAGCAUAUUUGUCCUUAGUAAACAUCACCCUGUAUACU